AUGUCCUAUCCCAUUCCUUCUCGGCGCUCUCGUUCGCGCUCACCGAGAGGCCCAUAUCAACCGAAAAACGUGUACGAAUACCCUCCUGAACUAGGAGCUCGCGACUGGGAUGGUUAUGACAAGGAUCGUGCCUGGGCUGCGUAUGACAGAGAGAGAGCUGGGUUUGACUAUGGGCGCAGAGGAAGGAGCCGUAGUCCUGAUGACUGUAUCAGAAAACGACGACGUUCGCCCUCUCCAUACGAGAGAGACCGUUACGAUCCGCGACCUCGCUACAAUGACGACUUUGGUUUGAAUUAUCUUUAUUUAACCAUCCUCAUAGAUGCUCAUUCUCGAGGUUACGCCAAUUCUUCACCAAGACGGGGACAUUCACAACAGUUUCCCGCUCGCCGUCCUCCCCCGGACCCGCACACGUUUGAUUAUCCAGCGAACUUACGUCAGUAUGCAGAGUGGUUCCGAUACUUUUUCCCAAACCAGGCCACGGACGAAGAUAAUGCUGACAAGGCUGCUGAACAAGAGGCAGGCGACGGCUCAAAACCACGCAAUGGCAUCAGAUCCAAAUGGGAAAAAUACAAGAAGGACUUUGCUGCGAAUCAGCUUCACACCAUGUUUGAGCAUCAUAAAAAAUCUCCAUGGUUCUGGGAAAAGUACGAUCCUGCUCCCGAGUUCCAAAAGCUCCGUCAGAGAGUAAGAAAGGAAGGAUGGAAAGGCAGACUGAAUACGUUCUUACUCGACCUCGAGACGGGCAAAUAUGACCCAGACAUGAAUGAGUCAGUCGAUGCGAAUGAAUCGACUGGAAGUAAGGAUGCUAAUGGGGAAGAACUUCACAUUGAUGGGCUUGGAGAAGCUUUGAAGCCUUCUGGUGACGAUGAUAUUCCGUUCCACAUGGAUGCCGAAGAUGAAGUUGGGGCGGACACAAAUGGGAAAUCGGCUAGUGAUAACAGGCGUUGGAACAACGCUGAGGAAAUUGCUGUUCCACCAGAGGGUAAUCAGGUCAUGAUCCGAACUAUUCCUCCGGAUAUUGGUCGCGUAAAGUUGGAAGAUUCGUGCAAAUCCAUUCCUGGCUAUGUCUAUCUUGCUCUUGGUGACCCAUUACAAAAACGAAAUUACUAUCGCGCAGGGUGGUUGCGGUUCACUGAAGAUGCGGACAUGACUGUGGUGAUGUCUGAGUUGCAGGACCGAAGAAUCGAGGGCUUCAAGUUGCAUGUAUCUCACACCAUGAAGCCUUUCGUCAACAAGAUACGUGUCACACCAGAUGUCGCUAGUAGGCCUGAACGUAUGGAGAAGGAUCUUGCCAAUACAAAGAUACUCGCUGGCUUGCUUGAAGAGGAGGCCGCGGUCUUACGCAAGUUCAAGCCAAGCAAAGAUAACACGCAACCUAAGCCUGAAGGAGCAGACGAUGUUCCUAUGGAAGAAAAUAAUCCCGAGACUGCUGAUGUAGACGUUGAAGAAGAAGAAGAGCCUCAAGAACGAGGGUCAGACGCCGUCGAACGACGGAUCGAGAAAGUCAUGGCGGAAUUAAGAGAUCAAGGAUUGGUGGAUGUUGGAAAUGAGGAAGCGUAUGAAACUAAAAGGACUGAAGUAUCAUUGGAUCUGUAUCUUGCAUACUUGCGGGCUGCGUACCACGCGUGUUACUACUGCUCUGUUGUUACCGAUCACCUCGAAGAGUUGCAGCGAAAGUGCCUGAAACACGUGAGGAAGCCAUUGCCCAAGGUAUCGACGUCAAGUGAGGCCAAAGUAACGACUGAGGGUGAAGAUGAUGAGAAACUUGCUGCAGAGAAGGAUCCAAAGAAGGAAUCCAGAGGGAGAAAUGACCAUGAUCGUUGGCUUGACUGGUUGGAUCAAAAAGUUGCGCUUCUGAUCAAUCGCAAUGGGGUUGACCCCCGAGAUUACGGAGGGAAGAGCUACGAUGAAGAGCUUUCAAAAGUAGUUGAGCCUCACAUCAAGCAAGAGGAUGAAGGAAAAUUCCGGUGCAGGACCUGUCAAAAGCUAUUCAAAGCUACGUCUUUUGUAGAGAAGCAUAUUGCGAACAAGCAUCCUGAGCUUGUUAAAUCCCUUGAAGAUAUACCAUAUUUCAACAACUUUGCUCUAGACCCGCACAGGAUUCAGCCAUUUGUUCACCCACCAACAGUCGUGGGCAAUAGCACGCAAGCUCCACCACAGGCUUUUGGCAUUCAAACGCCCAUGAAUGCUUUUGGCGAUUACGGACGAAUGCCUUACCCUCCUGCAAGCUAUCCACCCCCUGGGAAUGGUUACUGGGGUGACUACGGCAAAGGUUUAUAUGAUGGCUACCCUCCGAGCCUCUCUCAACGACGAGACGACAGCAACAGUCGAAGACUGAGUGAGCGUAUCAGUAACUUCGUUGCUGACAUUCCUGCGAAUGCGGGUCUCCCGCCGAAACCUCCUGCGGCGUUGGACUCGGCUUUGAAUGCGGGUAAUAGUAACGGAGUACGUCGACGCAAUACUAGUGGUCAGGUAUCAGCCGGUCCACCGCCCCCGCCUCCGCCAGAUGCAAAGGAAGAUCCGCGAGCCGCUGCUGGUCGUCGUGUUAGUUACCAUGACAUGGACUUGGUUGCCGAGGGCGAUGUCGAGCUGACUUAUUGA